AUGGCACGCGGUCCUCCGCCCCGAAGAGGGCCACCCGUGCAAGAAAAGAAACCCACGAUGAACGGAGAGAUUGAAAACCGCGAAUUGCGUGUUGUUACGCCAACACCGCUGGGUAAGGACGAACCCCUAGGCAUCAUGAGUCGGGACGAAGCCUUGGCCAAGGCGAAAGAAAUGGGCGGCCUGGACCUGAUCCUUGUUAACAACAACUCGGAUCCUCCCGUAUGCAAGAUUGUAGACUACUCCAAAUACCGCUACCAGCUCGAGAAGAAAGCCAAAGAAGUCAAGAAGAACUCAAAAGGUACCGAAAUUAAGGAAGUCAAAAUGAGUUACAAGAUCGAUGUCCACGAUUACAGUGUACGCAAAAAGAGCGCUUCCAAAUUUUUAAAGCAGGGAAAUCGCGUCAAAUGUACCGUCAUGUUCCGGGGUCGCGAGGUUCAGCACGACAACUUGGGAUUUGAUCUUUUAAACAGAUUGGCUUCCGAAUUAGAGGAGUACUGCAUGACCGAAAGCAAGCCAAAGCGGGAAGGCCGCAAUUUGUCGCUGAUUCUGACACCACGU